CUUGCCCCGAGUUACUUCGUUGAGAGUCUUCUUGACCUACGUACGCGCUUCGUCACCUUUAUUGAUGAGGUCUUCGAGAGCAUGUCCUCCUUCAGAAACGAAAUGGACAAGGCAUUUGCCCAAGCAGUCAACGCCAGUCCGAAAUCAGCGGUUCUGCCAAGAUCAAAUGUUCGGGCCGCCGAAUACCUCAGCCGCUACAUGGACACGUUGUUGCGUAAGUCUCCGAAGCACUACAGUGACGCGGAACUGGAGGCCAAGCUCACUGCUUCCAUCACCCUCUUUAAAUAUAUAGAAGAAAAGGACAUUUUCCGAAAGCGUGUUGACGUUGGCCUUCUUUUUUUCAACGGAAUUAACUUUCCUGUCACGGAGCUGGUCAGCAUUGGAUGCAUGUUUGAUUUCGGUCCAUCGUUGCCGGUCCUGUUUGUGUAA